AAAUCUGUUGAACAUAUGAUGAGACGUAUGGAAAUUUUGGAUAAUCGUGUAUCGGAUAAUUUAAUAAAAACCGAUUCGGUGAUAUCGAAAUUACGCUCCUUAGAUGUGAAAAUAUCCAAUGAUAUAAUUGAUUCAGCCACAGCUGCAGCAUUAAAUACCGAAACAAAUCGUAGAACAGGAAGUAGUGGUCGUUCGGCUCGUACCUCUUCAGCAUCGUCGACCAUUCAAUUAGACUCUCGUCUUGUAUUGUUGGAUCAAAAAGUCAGUGACAUUGAUUCGAAAUUGGAGGGAUUGAAAAAUCAAAUUGACAAUAAUCUGCUACAAGUUGAUGAAUUUAAUGCCGAGGCUAGCGAAAAGAAACCGAUUAGCAUGAAUGUCAUUGAAAUUACCAAGGCCAUGAAUGCCGAAGUGAUGUCACAUGUCUCGAAUGAAUUAAGUGAACUACGCGACACCACCGAUAAUAUUGAUAAAAAAUUACAAUUUCACAUAAAUAUUGUAUCGGAAAAUGUUGGCCGUAUGCUGCGUAUGGUGGGUGAUAUUCACGAAGCUGUUGUCGAUCAUCAUGCCGAAUAUAAUAAUGUAAAUGCCACCACCACAGCUAUGCCUUUGAUUAAGUCAAGUAAAAUUGAUGCUCUUGUCAAGAAAAUAAGUCCAAUGGUAUCGGUAUCGGAAAAAAUGGAUGAAGUAUGGGAUGUUGUAGUGGGCACCAAGUCAUCAGUUGAUCAUUUACUACCCAAAUCGGAUGCUUUGCUGACGCAGACACAACGUCAGGAACGCGCCAUCGGUGAGAUACAUCAAGAUCUGAAAACGAAGACAAAUUUAAUUAUCAAUAAUUUGGAUAUGGUUGAGAAACGUUUGAAGAAACAAGAAGAUGAUGUUCAGUUGCUGGCUCAACGUCCGGUGCCAGCUGAAUUGCUGAUGGAUCCAACAAUUGAUCGUUUGGUGGAAUAUGAUCCGAAUAGAUACUCCGUCAUAGAUGAUUAUACCGUACAAAGUAGUAGUUCCACAACAACAACAUCAGCUCAAACAACACCCUCAACUGCUUCAUUGGGAGCAACAACACCCACACCAACCUCAACACAUUCUUCUUCUUCAUCAUCGUCCUCCUCGUCUUCUACUUCCUCUUCCUCCUCCUCCUCCUCUUCUAUUUCUUCUUCGUCCUCAACCACGGCAAGCAGUACAUCAUCAUCUUCAUCGUCAACAUCGCAAACGACUUCGUCAUCUUCAAAACCUCUGUCGCGUAAAGGUGGCAUCAUAUUCCCCAGUGUCAAGAACAAACCAUCGGUGGUGAAUAAUACAUUCACCACAGAUAUAUUAACCAUAAAGGAUGUUAAGGGUUUCUCUUGCGUUGAUUUAUUAAACGCCGGCAUGAAACAAUCCGGGGUAUUCUAUUUGCAAAUACGUGGUACCACCUAUUGGUUUUUGAAGGUAUUCUGCGAGCAGGAAAUCGCUGAUGGCGGUUGGACGGUCAUACAAAGACGUGAUGAUUUCGGUGAGCCACGAGAAAAUUUCAAUCGUGAUUGGGCAGAUUACAAAAACGGAUUUGGCGAUCCAGCCAAGGAAUUUUGGUUGGGCAAUGAGAACAUCUAUAUGUUAACGAAUAAUGAAGAUUAUAUCUUGAGAGUUGAGCUGGAAGAUUUUGAAGGCAAUAAGAGAUAUGCUCAAUAUGCCCACUUUAAAAUCCAUUCGGAAGCUGAUUAUUAUAAAUUGGAAAUCGAUGGUUAUGAGGGUAAUGCUGGUGAUUCCUUAAAUGAUCCCUGGUAUGGUUCGAACAAUAGCCCCUUCUCAACAUAUAAUCGGGAUAAUGAUCGAUCAUCGUUGAAUUGUGCCAGUAUGCUGAAGGGCGGUUGGUGGUGGAAGUCAUGCGGCCGAGGCUUGAAUGGUUUGUAUUUACACGAUCCCCAAGAUUUAACUGCCCGCCAGGGUAUUGUUUGGUUCCGCUGGCGCGGUUGGGAUUAUACCCUCAAGAAGGCCACAAUGAUGAUAAAACCGCGUGGUCCCCAACCCAUGGGUUCAAACUCAGCAUCGUCAUCAUCAUCGGCGGGUUCAGCGUAA